AUGGCCGGCAUGCGCGGAGAUGCAGGGCUGGUGUGGGCGCGAGCCUGCGAACUGGCUCUGCAGCAGAAGAUCGAGGAAGCCACUGCAAUGUGCACAGAGAUGGAAGAGAAGAGCCAGCGUCUAGGCGUCAGAGUCACCCAGGCGGCUGCAGCUGUCUCCAGAGCUGUCGUGGGCCUGUGCAGAAGCCCAGCCGGCCAGGCAUUCCUCGAGACGCUGCGGAGUUUGGGGGCGACCUGGGGGGAGGCUAGCCUGCUGCUGACGGACGCGAGCAGCAACAACUUGCCUGAUCCCGGAGAUUCGCCGUGGGGCGCAGCAGUGAAAGCGGCAAAGGCCAGCAAGUUCGAGGUUUCGCGGAGCUGUAGUUUCAUGUCUGCGGCGGUUCAAUCCAGAGCGCGAAUCCCCAGCCACCUCGGCUCGAGCGUGUGUCAGCCAGAGCGUACCGAAGUUGAAUUCCCCACUUAUCUCAUCUUCGCGAUCAUGAUGUCCCUCCGCUACCGCCGAACAUUCAUUGAUGUCGAUGAGGCGCCGCCAGUGAAGUUGUUUCGAUCCAGCAGCGUACCGGCAGCUCUUCGCGUCGAGGAUGGGGAUGCAGAGAUGAAGAAAGAAUUGGCAAGCGUCUACCAGCGCAUGGCUCAGUGGCGACCAGAACUUCCCUCCUCGCACCCAGGGUCAGAUCAGACAUGGAACAGCAGCGUGUUGGCAGAAGUGGAGGUUUCUGGAAAAGUGGCAGAUGAAAUGCCGGUGCUGGUCAUUUCGCCAGGACCAGGAGGUGAUCAGCAGGCCAUCAUCCUUGAAGCUGAAGCUCUCAAUCCUGGAAGCUAUGGUCACCCAGAGGUGUGCCGCAAGCCCUGCGUGUUCUUUCAAGUCGGCCAGUGUGAAAGCGGGGACCGUUGUGGCUACUGCCAUUUCCACCACAAGCGCCCGAUCAUGCCCGAUCGCAGGCAGCGCAGCACUCUCCGCAAGCUUAACCAAGCGGAGCUUUUGCACACCUUCCUUCCGAUUUUGUGGUCGGAGGCUGGAAGGACGGGCAUUGCCUCAGAGGCUACGCAUGUCGUUCACAUCUUGGCUGAUGCCCUAGAUACCUUUGGCAUGCCUCGCGCCGCCAAACUCGCAGGCAGCGACGCAGAGUAUCUUAAGAGCUUGCUGAGCCGCAUGUCCUUUGGCAGCUUGAUGGCAAUGCUGCUUCACAACCUCAAGCCCAGCGCAUUCGUGGACACAGCUCGCACCGAAUUCGAGGCGAUGCGCCGAAUUGUACAACUCAAUGCUUAG